AUGCAAUUGCAGACUCUUUGGCCAAUCAAGGAGUCUGCAACAAUGCUUCUCAUAUUCACUCCUAUCCUAAUUCCCUUCAUCUACAUAUGCGACAACUACUACUACAGGAUCAGAGACAGAUUAAAUCUCUGCACUCUAAGGUUGAAGUCAUCAACGAGGUGCUUUAUGAUGCAACAUACAGAUAUGCAUAUCAGGUUCAUUAAGGCAGAUCAGAAUUAUGUCUCAAUAUGUUUCAGAAAUGCAUGCACAUCCAUCAAAAUCUCAAACAAGCAAUACAGUCUGUUUACACAGUCCAGUCCUAUACAUGAAAUUCUCUCCAGAAGUAAAGACGAUCAAGAAGUAAAGAAUAUAGUAGGCACCUGGUUACCUCAGGAUGUAAUUGGAUUCUGGUAUUAUUGGGGUAGUAACUUGACAAAAUUUAUGGGCUCUGUUUGCUCUGCUGAGGCUGCUAUAAUUCCCUUAAUCUCUGUUCUAUGGCUCAAAGGUAUUCUGGAUUUUGAGGUUCUCAAUUGUCNAUCAAAGGUAUUCUGGAUUUUGGAGGUUUUCUUUAAGGCGGCCUUUCUUUUCUCUGGUGCCCCUUUUGGCUACUCAUCUAACUGCUUGGAUCUAGUUUUCAAUGAGUGUUUGCUGGACAUUUUCUAUUGGCGAUUGUCUUUUCCAGGUUCUCAAUUGUCUGUUCAUGGAGAUUUUUUGGUGUCUCCAUCUGGUUGUUCAUCUUGCCUCUUGGCUUUCUCUCUUAAUACUCUGAAGCAACCAAAGACUACUGAUGCUUCCGACUGUUGGGGUUCUUGCUNCUGUUCAUCUUGCCUAUUGGCUUUCUCUCUUAAGACUCUGAAGCAACCGAAGACUACUGAUGCUUAUGACUGUUGGGGUUCUUGCUCUUCAGAUCUAUGGGCUGUAUAUUCUACAUUGGUCUUUGCCGCUGCUUCAUCUUAA